GUUCUACAGUAUUUAGUAGAAAGUUAAUUUCUUUCCUGUCAAGCUCCCAGCCGAUUACAAUCCAUUUUGAACCCUCCGACUGGGACUGGCUCCAUUGAUUUUGGCAACAAACAAAUAAAUAUUUAGAUGUUUCAUUUACAGUACCGACCUCCCGCCCACCUUAUCUCAGUCUGGCCUCCAGCUAAACUUCAUUUCCUAUUCGUCUCAGAAACCUGCAGCAAAUUGAACCACUCCCUCAGCACAAAGCUAUCCUGAGCUUUGUUGUUUCCCUUUAAGUCUCUCAUCCAUUGUCUCUGGAUGAUCUUUCAACUACAUAAUUGUACUCUACUUGGCUCCACCGCAUCAACUCCACUUCUGUCGCCCACCUUACCCCACUGGCAGUUUCACAGGUUCUGUCUGUCGGCGUACUGAGCCAAGACUCUUCUGAAAGUGCGGCGGGCCUUUUCUGGUGAUUCGCUUUGAUUGUCUUGCUGCAGGGAAAUCCUUCAACAUAAAAGAGGCUCGCGUGUGGCGGUACCAUUCUGUAUUGUCCUCCCAGAAAUCAACCACACGCAUCCACAUUCCUUACGAUCACAUCUCAGCUUACUAAAAAAAAAUCUGAGCUUAAAAUCCAAGGAUUAGUGAUACAAACGAGUGUGUAGUUCAUACUCCGUCAGCUGUAUCAAUCAAGGCGAUCAAGUCAUCGUUUCGAAUUUUUUUUGUUAAACCCAACUUAAAUUUGCAAACAACGAGCAACCCUCUUCUUUAUCGCUUUCCAUCAUAUAAACUUGAACCAUCUACCCAGACUACCAGCAGUUUAACUAUUUGAUCCUCAUAGUAUCCUCAUAGUUAAGACCUCGGGAUCUUUUACGGCUGUCUGGCGCUUGUGAUACGACUCGCUCGGCUUCCCUUCCUAAACCUUCUAGUCUCCGCUGCUCGUGCACGAGCGAGUUGGCCAUAUUUCUGUAGGUGGGUAAUAUGUUUUUCUACUUGAUUUCGUUGUAGGAAUCCGUUCCACUGUAAUUUUUGGAUUUCUUGGUCAUCCAUUAGCGCAUUCCACUGGUUUAGACAGUCUUCGCAAUCCGCUUCACGUCCUUACCGGAUUGUCUGGAUUGUCCCUCAACUCAGGCCCCGUACUGACGAGAGCUACAUGUUGAUGCAACUUUCAACUGGUUGCAUCGAUUGGUAGAGCUCUGCGGUACCUUAGAGCUUCCAUGAUUUUAUUAGUCCCAGGCAUGACUUUAAAAACCCUGGUCAUCAGCUGUUAACUGUGAUUCUCCCAAUUCCCUUCCCAAAACCUUCAGACUCUAGACAUCUCAUAACCUCAAAGUUUUCUAACAAUUUGACCACCAAUCCUACAUAAAUAGCUGCUUUUUUUAAUAAUUACGGAAUACCAAAGCUAGAUCCACACAAGGGGAUCUAGUUGGUUUGGCUCAGUAGCCUUCAAAUCGCUCAAAAUAUUUCAUCCGGCCAUCAAGAUGAUGGAGUUGAUUCCAGCGACGAUGAGACUGAUACACAACGAGAUAGUGCAAAACUUUCGUAUAAUUUUCUCAUUAUUCAUCUGCAUUCUAUCUCCUGUCAUCCUAUCGAAGAUUACCCAUCGGAGACGUCGGCUUCCUCUGCCUCCUGGACCUAAGUCUUACCCGUUCAUAGGAUAUUCAUUCGGCCCAUACCAUUGGCGACAGAUGGAGAAAAUAACGAAGGAGUAUGGACCGGUUUCAUCGGUAAGAUUGGGCAACAAUAAGCUGUUGGUGAUUGUGGGUCGUGUCGAACCAGCGCUGGCGCUAUUGGAAGGUCGCAGCAGCAUAUACUGCGAUCGACCACAGUUAGAAAUGGCUGGCAAUAUCAUGUCUGGAGGGCUACGUACCCUUUGCCUUCCUUACGGGGACCGUUGGAAAAGAUUUCGCAGAGUGCUCCAUUCCCAAUUGGAUACUAAAGCAGCAACCUCAUACCAGCCAAUCCAAGAACGUGCAUCGCGUCAACUGAUUCUCGACAUUCUUGAGCGUCCAAAAGAUUUCACCGAGGCCCUCACACGGUAUGCGGCUAGUGUGAUCAUCAAGAUCACAUAUGGAAAAUUGACUCCGAUACAUCAUUCUGACGAUGAAGUUGUACAAGUCAUCAAGACUUUGACUCGUUUCAGCAAAGCCGCGCGCAUAGGCGCGCAUGCAGUCGACCGUUUUCCUUGGUUGCGUUACAUCCCCGGUUGGGUAGCCCAAGGAAGAAAAUGGCAUCAGGAGGAGCUCAACCUCUUUAGCUCCCAAGUGGAUGGUGUGCGACGCGAAAUGAAUAUUCCUGGGAAAAGGGAUAGCUGUUUUGCAUCCUAUAUGCUUGAACGUCAAAAGGAAUUCUCAUUGUCUGACAAUGAGGCAGCAUACCUGGCGGGGUCUCUAUUUGGUGCCGGUUCCGAUACUACUGCAGCUGCUCUGGCCAUCGUGAUAUUUGCGGCAGCUUGCCAUCCAGAGGAAGUCAAGAAAGUGCAAGAGGAGCUUGGAAGUGUUGUGGGAAAUGGAAGAAUGCCAACCUUCGAUGAUUAUUUUGAACUUCCGUUGGUGACGGCCUUCGUCUGUGAAACAUUUCGAUGGAGACCUGCCUCUGCAGCUGGAUUUAUGCACGCCACCGUCAAGGAUGACGUGUACGAGGGUCACUUCAUUCCAGCUGGAUCAUGGGUUGUUGGUAACCACUGGUCCAUCCAUCGUGAUGAGUCUGUUUUUCCGGACCCAGACAAGUUCGAUCUCAUGCGGUGGCUCACGAUUGACGAUAAAACUGGCAAAACUGUCCUGAGGCAAGAUAUGAGGCAUUUUGCAUACGGCUUUGGAAGACGGAGAUGUGCGGGAAUCACGAUUGCAGACCGAAGUAUGUUCAUCAACACCGCCAAUCUUCUAUGGUCUUUCGACAUCAAAGAAAAAGUGGACAAUAAUGGGAAUGUGAUUGAAUUGGAUAGAAUGGCAUUUGAGGACGCGACCAACUCAAGACCGAAACCCUUUGAAGUGGACUUUGUUCCACGGGUCCCAGAUUUACGAAGAGCCAUUGAAGAAAUGAGCGCGUGUUGAAGUUGAUAUUUUCUUUACCAAUAUUGUCUAUUGUAUCGCAUAGAAUACAUCAUGGACUGCUCUUCUUUGUGAAUUCUUAUUUUGGCGUUUUUUCCUUGCAUAAAUUUUAUAUUUAAUAAUGGUAUAUAAGUAC